CUUUACGGCCGCGGGGCGGGUGCUCGCUGUCGGCUGGCUCGGUCCCGGCAGGCCCUGUCCCAGCGGCGCAUGGAGGGCGGCGGCAACUCGAGGGGCUCCGGCCUCGGCGGCCUGUUCGGGGCGGGGGGAGUCGGGGGCCCGGGCUACUCCCACGCGGACCUGGCCGGGGUGCCGUUAACUGGAAUGAGCCCUUUGUCUCCUUAUUUAAAUGUGGAUCCCAGAUAUUUAAUACCGGAUACAGAUGAGUUUAUCUUACCUACAGGAGCUAACAAAACUCGGGGCAGAUUUGAGUUGGCCUUUUUUACCAUAGGAGGAUGUUGUAUGACAGGGGCUGCAUUCGGUGCACUGAACGGCCUGCGUCUGGGAUUGAAAGAGACGCAAAGCAUGACCUGGUCCAAACCUAGGAAUGUACAAAUUUUAAACAUGGUAACAAGGCAAGGCGCUCUAUGGGCUAACACUCUGGGAUCCUUGGCAUUGCUUUACAGCGCAUUUGGAGUCGUCAUAGAGAAAACACGAGGUGCAGAAGAUGACCUGAACACAAUAGCUGCUGGGACCAUGACAGGAAUGCUAUACAAAUGCACAGGUGGACUGAGAGGAAUAGCAAGAGGAGGCAUUGCAGGCUUGAUGCUUACUGGCCUCUAUGCUCUCUAUAACAACUGGGAGCAUAUGAAGGGUUCCGUACAACGACAGUCCCUCUGAGCAGGGUCACAAGAACUGAAUGUAGGACGUUCAUGUAGUUCACCAAUCAAAUUGAUUUCAAAACAGUCUGGUGAUGUCUUCUCAUAUUUUAUCUACAAUUAGUGUGAAACUAAAUGGAAGCGAGUGUACUGUGAGGAAAUUCAUUAACACCAUUUACCAAGACUGGCACGUUACUUCUGGUCAGCAAGGGAACAGUGUGGCCAUUAACUUCUCUUCAAAAGGCAGAUUGUCUCCACAGCAUGCCACUAUGUUAGACCUGGAUCUGAGCUCCAAGCUCUGGUCCCCUAACGUGGCUCACAUAGACAGUGCUAUGCCACCAAGUUCAUUCAGUUAUUGGUGUAUUACAGUUGUGCUGCUUUCUAGCCAAUAAAGUUUGUGUGUCUAGAGCUGA